UUGCUUCCUCUGACUUUGAUGCAUCCGGUGGUACACAGGGAUUUGAUCGACGCUUUAAAAAUGUUUUGGAUUCGUGGCCACGAGCUCGAGCUUCUUCCGCAAUGGAAAGCGCGGCCUCUCAGUUUCCGGGACUCCUCCAGUCGGGGAUAAGUGCUGUUACAGCAGGUUCUUCAGCAUUGCCUCCGAGAGAUUUUCUCAAGCUCGAUGAUGGUGUGGUGGAAUCUCUCUCCGACAACAGCUUGAGCUGGAUGGCACGCAUGGAAUCGGAUGGACAGUCGUGGUGGGCAUGGGCAGAUGGAAGUGGUGGUGAUAAUGACUCAGGAAUCAGCAAAAGGAACAGGAUCACAAAGCGCUCCAGACCCUCUUGGACGUCGGAUUCAGAGGCUUCCAGCAGGCGUCAAAUGCAACAAGAAAGCUUCGACUCUUCUCUUCCGCGAGCUUCUGCUUCCUCUUCUUCUUCAGCUACCGGUCGUCGAGAUUUGAAGCAGCUAGUAGAUAGAUUGGACUACACAGACCAAGUCAGCGGUGACGAAUACGCAGCACUGCUCAAGAAGUGUGGGAGUCUCAGAGCUUUGGACGAGGGGAGGCGAGUCCACGCUCACAUUCUCCUCAGCAACCGGUCCAACGAGAGGUUUAUUGCGAACUUGCUGGUGGAGAUGUAUGGGAAGUGUGGCAGCUUGGAAAAUGCGAGGGCCGUGUUUGAUGGGAUCUCCAGGAAGAACCUUUUCUCUUGGAAUAUCAUCCUGGCAGCGUAUGCCCAGAAUGGGCAUGAGUCGGAGGCACUGUCUCUUUUCCAGAUGAUGGAUUCCCAGGUCCCUCCGGACAAGUUUACGUACAGCACCGUGAUCAGUGCUUGCUCCACGCUUGGUGCUCUCGAGCAAGGCAUCGCAAUUCACAAGAUGGUGGAGAAAGUUGGCCUGGAAGCCGAGACUGUUGUUGGGACGUCGCUCGUCAAUAUGUAUGGGAGGUGCCACAGCUUGGGAAACGCGAGGUUGGUAUUUGAGAGGAUUCCUUGUAAGGAUGCUAUCACCUGGAAUGCUAUCGUUACGGCCUACGCUCAAGAUGGGUAUGGGAAGGAGGCUCUCGAGAUUUUCCAGAGAAUGCAGCAGGAAGGCGUCAAGACUGGCUCGGCUACGUUCAUAAGUGUUCUGGAAGCGUGCGCGAGUACCUCGGCACUGGCACUGGGAAGAGUGAUCCACCAAAACUUGGUGGCGAAUGGACUGGACAGGGAACUUAUCGUGGCAACAGCACUCGUCAACAUGUAUGCAAAGUGCGGGAAGCUGGUGGAGGCAAGAGAGGUGUUCGAUCAGAUGGAAGGAAUGGACGUGGUAGCAUGGACGGCUAUAGUGGCAGGAUCAGCUCAGCACGGACAUAUCGAGGAGUCCAAGGACUUGAUGAGAAGAAUGGAGCUGGAAGGAAUCAAGCCCAACAACGUGACGUUCCUGAGCUUGGUUUUCGCAUGCAGCCACUCGGGAUAUCUGGACGAGGCUCGGGACUGCUUCAUAGCAAUGGCAGAUCAUGGAUUCUUCCCGCUGCCAGAGCACUUCAGGUGUGUCAUUGAUCUUCUAGGACGGGGAGGCAGGCUUGAGGAGGCGCAGGAAGUGAUCGACACUAUGCCGUUCGAGCCAGGCUUAACAGCAUGGCUAACAAUGCUUAGUGCCUGUAGACUGCAGAAAGAUGUCCUACGGGCCGAGAUUGCUGCGGAGAAGUGCUACGAGAUUGAGCCGACACGUCCUUCCGCUUAUCUUCUCAUGUCAAACCUCUACGCUGCUCUCGAAAGGUGGGACGAUGUUAAGAAGGUGAGGCGACUCAUGGAAAGGCGAGGUGUGAAGAAGGAACCGGGCCUGAGCUGCAUAGAAGUGAAAAACAGGCUACACGAGUUUGGUGCUGCCAAUAAAUCUCAUCCACAGAAGGACUUGAUCUACGAAGAGCUGAGGAAGUUGACGCUGGAGAUCAAGGAAGCCGGUUAUGUGCCAGACACAAGCUUGGUGCUACAUAAUGUGGACGAGGAAACGAAGCAAGCAACGCUUUUCCACCACAGUGAAAGGCUGGCAGUUGUUUACGGUCUGAUAAACACACCUCCUGGUACGAGUCUGUGCGUUGUCAACAAUCUCCGGAUGUGUUCCGACUGUCACACAGCUUUCAAGUACAUAUCGACUAUCUCCAAUCGGGAAAUCGUGGUCAGAGACGCAAAUCGGUUUCAUACGUUUGCAACGGGUGGGUGUUCUUGCAAGGACUACUGGUGAUGACAAGUGAGCUCGUUUUCUUUUCCCGAAGCUCCCCUUGGAACUUCUCAUCAAAACGAAGUACUAGUAGGGAGGGACACAAAAGGCGAACAGUGAAUCUCCAGGAGUGCCUCCAAGAGCCAGGCCCGUUGGUGUCGAAGCAUAGCCUGCUCCGACAAAGGCACAGCCGCAACCAACUGAGAAGCCUCCGUAAACAGUCGAGCCAGUGGUAGCGUUCCAGAUUAUUUCUCCGCUGUAGGAGUUGAUGGCAUAGACAUGGCCAUUGCUGUCGAAGGACGUGCACAGAAGAACACCUCCGUGUGUGUAAGUGACGGGACCGUAGGCUGGCUGGCCGGUUGGAUUGGGAGUGGACCAGAGCAAGCGUCCAGUUGUAGCAGCCAUCGCAACCCAGCCACCUCCCGUGGUUACAAGCUGCGAUGGCUCGUGGAGGAAAGAUUGGCGGUCACUGUUGGCGAUGUUUGUGAAGACUCGAGAGUUGUCCGUUGCUGAUCCCCAGUUCGCUCCACCUCCGCUUCCGCCGGGUCCAGCCACCUACAACGAUCAAAGUUCACUACUACGAAGGCAAAAGCUUUUCAGUACCGCAUGCCAGACGAGCUCUCCAGUUUCUCGGUCGUGAGCCCACACGAAGCCAGUCUUCUGUCCAGUGACGACAACAUCUCUCAAUGCUCCUUGUUGCUGAAUGGUGACGAGCAUGGGGCUUUCUCCAAAGUCAGCGUCUGGAUCUGGCCGUGGAGGACAGUUUGGUGGAGGACGAAUGCUCCGGCAGGCGUUCUCCCAGAUCUCGCUCAUCGUCAUCCUACUGCACCACCGGAUAGUUCCGUCUCUCGUGUCAACAGCGACGACGGAAUUGUAGCAGACGCUGGGCACGAUGCAGCUGCUCGAGUUUCCGGUGGCUUGCUGGCACUGCCGGACUUCUGAAGGGACAGAGAAAACGCUCCCGGUAGAGAUGUAGACGAGGCCUCUGCGCUCGUCCAAGGCAGGACUGCUUCCCCACACUGGUACUCCCGUGUACUGGCUGUCCCGAGGAACCAUGUACGUCGACCACACCGUUUGGCCAGUUUGGAGGUCCAGUUUGUGGAAGGAGCCUUGGAAGGUGCAACAUGAUUUCGCGUGCUGCUGCAUGGACGACACUCCUACGUAGUAAGCUCUGCAAAGCAGGCACCAAAGCGGCUGCUGUGACUCGGAAAUCCUCGAAACAUUCCAGGUCCUGUGACAUCCACAAGAGAUCUCCGGUCAUUCGAUCCAGGCAAAGAACUCUCGCAGGUCCGCGAAGGCCGACUAACACACAUCGCUUGGUUACCACUGGCGUUGCUCUCGACACGGCCGGGUGCAAGCUUGUGACUUGCGACAAGUUGGUUUGCCACAGCGUAGCCCCGUCCAUGGCCACUGCAGCCACGAUGCCGUUCCAGCUUGGUACAUACACCGCGCAGUCGUGAAUCGCCGGUGUGGCCGAGACAUCUCCCUGAGUGACAUAUCUCCACCGGAGAGCGAGCGAAGGUGCGGUUUCUAAGUUGAUCUUGUGCUCGCUCGCUGCAUAGCGUCGAUUUCCCAGGUCUCCUCCGUGGCUAAUCCAGUUCUUCGUCUGCAAAAGGCACCACAUGGUGAGUUCUUCUUUCUCUUUUUUUCGGUGUCUGUUUUUCUUUUGUAUUGUGUUACCGCGUAAUGCGACUCAACCCGUAAGAUCCAGUGAAUGACGAAGACAAGCACAGAUUUAAAAUGGAGAUCCUUGAGGACGAGCAUUGUUUCUUGGACGAAACAACCACAUAAAAGGGAAGGCUCGAUCAUUUUAUCAGAAACUUUGCAAGGUGAGAAAAGGAGGCGCGCAAUGCAAGAGGUGCUUCUCAUGAAGAAACUGUUGUCGGUCAGCGUGUUGACUGCUAGCUAAUAUUAAUGCAUAGAACAAACGGAAAAAUAUAACGACGUUGGAGUGACUCGUCGAAGUAAUUCUCGGCC